UCAAAUAAAUUUCACUUCGUUAAAAUAUAAAAAUCAAAUUAGCUAUCUUUGUUUCUCUAAAUUUUAUUGUUAAUUCUUCAAAAUUUUAAAUAAAGACUAAAUUUGGCUCUUUUAAAUAGACUAAUUCUAUUGUAAAAAUUAAAAAUAAAAAUAUAUAUAAAAAAGGUACAAUGACAUCUGAAAUCAAUACGAAUCGCUUAAAUUUACCGAACAUGGUUGAUCGACAGCUAAAAGAGGUCUCAUUGCCCGUUGAAACGUACUUCAGUCCCAAUAUUUUAGCGGGAAAGCGGAAAGUGCCCGAGGAAAAACCGUUUAAAGCUGAAAUAAGCGCAUCAUUCAAUGACAUCGUUGCAUCAGUGCAUCACAAAUUAAGAAAUCGAAAAGCACGAAAAGUUGAAAAGCCCGAAAUCAGUGAGGAAAAAUUGCCAAAUGAGACGCCAGCAGAAAAACCGCCAGAAAAUCUUUCAAACGUAAAAUCAGAAAUGGUGGAAACUAAAGCGGAUCCAAAGGCCAGUCUACCGAAGGCGCCUACACCCUUAAAAGCAACAUCCAUACCACAAAUAAAAGCGGCACGCGCACAAAAGCAACAACAGCGUAUGCGUCGCACAGUACAUAAUUUUGCGGAUUGCAAUGAUCCCAUAAGUUAUAGGCGACUACUGGAGGUGCAGAAACAGAAGAGAAUCCUAGAAGAAAUGCUUAUAGAAAACGAACGCAUGGAUCGUGAUCGCCAAUCUAUGGCUUUGGAGAUCCAAGCGCUGCGCGAAUAUAUGAAUGAUUUGGGACACAAAUUGGAUAGCUACUCCAAAAGAUUAUCUACGAAAUCUAUAAUACGCAAUGACCCUAUGCUGAAACCCAAACUGAGCUUAAAGCCACAGCCGUUGAAUGGUGUGAACUGCAAGAAAGCGCUUAGUCCGAUAAGGAAAGUGUAUGCACCUCAAUCGAUAUUAAAAAAUACGAAUUCGACAUCGAAAUCAACAAAUCAAACCAUAAACACUGCGAAAAGCCCUGUGCGAAAUAAUCGUAGUCCGAUACGUAAUUCGGUCAGUCCAUCCCGUAUUACAAAGCGUUGAGAAACAAACACAUACACACAUACAAAUGUCUGUAUGACUGUAUUAAAUUAUGGUUUAGAAUGUUAUACCGAGAACUUUGCUGAAUGCCAUGCCCCCAAAAUUUAGGUUAUGGAAUACGGCGACUGAGUUAAUUGUCGGUGUACACACAACAUUUAAAAUCAUUAAAAAAUAUAGUGAAACAUAAAAACUUGCACGUGCACUUUUUCACACAGAUCUUUACAAAUAUUAAAUUCUUGUUUCCUGUCUUUUACAUCGGUAUGAUCAUCAUUAUACCACCAUAUCUCGUAUUCAGCUUCUAACAGUCUUAAAUAUGAGUUUGCAAUAAGUUCUUUAAUCAAUAUUGAAAAAUUCAAAACUUUUAAGACUUAGAUUUUGCAAAAAAGUACGGAUAGCACAGGUGGUGUGUACCAGAGAUAGAUUAAAUCAAGGAAAAUCCACCACCAAUAUAUUUUGCUACCAAAAAACUAACAGUUAUAGUUGCUGGUCUGAUUGGUGUUAGUUUUUGUUGCUAAAAGACAAUUGAUGGUUAAUCUUCCUUCGAUUUAAUGUUCACUGGUAUAGAUAUAGAUAAUUUUAACUUUGACUUCCAAAGCUCUCAGCAUACAUCUCCAAUGUUUACCAUAAACAAGCUUAAAAAUGAUAAACACGGAAAAUUGUACCCAGUAGGAAAUAUGAUAAAGUUUAGCUAGUAUUCUUUUCAAGAAGCUCUUUGAUUGACUCUUAAUACAAUAAUUUAUUAUUUAUUACCAAAAUUUAUAUCACAAUUACUAUAUAUUAUAUUGUACGACAUUAUAAAUUCGAAGUAUCUCAUAAAACCAAAUAAACAUGCAAUAAUUGUACUCUUUAA